GAUCAGAUCGAUAGCUCAGCCCGCCACUCUGAGUCUGCGCUGACCUUUGAAGCGAAGCCCAGGCAGGCAAGGACACAAUAUGUGCAGCGUACAACAAAACACAUCGAUCGAGGCAGAAAUAUUGUGUAAGAAAAAACUAACACUGCGCGUCUAUACCCACCAGCUGAUCCUCGAAACUCAGACUAAUUGAAUGCUUAGAUGGAUGGUAGUCGUCUAAAGCAUGUAAAGGCGAAUGGCUAGGCCACCAAGACCAGCUCAGAUACACAGUGCAAAAGAACUAUCGUCUAGAAAUUUCUAGAAGCGGCCUAGAAAUCGUUGACAGCAUUGGUGCCUGCAGAAGCAGAAUAUUGACCUGACGAUGAUGAGGGCUAGGUAAAUAUAACUUCACAAAAUUUGAUGUGUUGGUCUGGAGCGAGCCUUGAGAACCCUCCAUUUCUUGAUAAUACUGGUUAUUGGUGUUCUGAUUAAGAAGACAAUAAUCGAUAUCACAGGGACGGACAUGGAUGGGGCUGGAGAACCUGGAGCGCAUCCUUCCAGCUGCUCGUAAAUGAAGAAAUCGCCACCACAUUGUGGUGUGGAAUCGUAGAUCACCGUACAAAAUGAAGCAAAAAGAGCGUUCUCUACUGAUAUGUACACAGAUCAGAAUUAAUUUGUACUGACAAUUAAACGCGUGCUCACCUAGGCCUGUUUUAGUGUCUGUAGUUUGCAGUAAAACACCACAUGUAAAAAACCCUCUAAUAUCACAGAUUCCUCUAGCAUAUUAUACGAAAUUAAGUGUAAUAUUUUUGUAACAGACUACCAGAGGACCCUGUGUUCAGGGAGUAAGGCAUAGGUCCGCGUCCCUCGUGUCAUGAAGCCAUCUAGACCCAUUAAUGGACUGGAUAUACCGGGUACUUGUCAAGAACAGCAUUUAUUACUAUCCAAGUUUAAUGGCACAUGUCGUAUUUUGAGGUCAUUGAAAGGAUAAAGUGCACCUGAAACGCCGUGGAAUGUGCAGUGAGCAGGAACAUUAACUAUAUUUCACAAAGACUGGGAUUUUUCUGCAACCCGGGUGACACCCAGGCACGACUUUAUGCUGGAGGUUUUGCCUGCUGAGCUUAACUCAGUAUAGCAAAGAAAGUGAUAACAAACUAAUUCUACGAGUACUCAUAUUAUAGGAUUGUAUGCAGUCAUCCAGGUAUGAAGAGUAAAUGGAAAAUAUAACAAAGAUGAAUACAUGCGUAGACCGAUAGAAAGUCAAGGUUAGACUUGGAGACUUGUUGCAGUCUUUUAAAAGACACUCAGAAAAACUAUUUGGUCAAAAGACUGCCUUUUUGAGGCCAAGGACAGGCACAAGCUUACAGCCGACUUUUGAUUAAUCAGACGGCUAAAUGAACACCGUAUUGACCGGGGCCUCAUCAUGUCGGAUACAAAAUCCACCUGUACCAAAAUCCUGAUUGUAGCCUGGGUGAUAUGUGAAGUGGCCCUAUACACGGGGCUUAUCGAUGGGUGGACGUCCCUGGUUUAUGUCCUAAAAAGCGAUGGCUAUUUCAGUAGCGUUUGCAAGAAAAAGAACGACGUUUUACCAGAGAAAGGACCGGGCACUUCUCUUCUAAUGGAUUAUGAAUUGUUGCUAGGUAACAGCAGCACGAAAAGUCUGUUGCGUGGCAACGCCAGUGGCCUGUUUGAGAGCCCGAAUAACAUACAAAAACCUAUUGUACCGGGCCACAACUCCACCGCAUAUAAAAUUAAGGAUAUAUAUAAUUCCACGGACGAACAUUUGCGGCAUGUGCACUAUGAUCGCCUUAUUGACGGUAUCCAUAGACAACGAGGUAGAAAUUUCAGUGUUUCACACAUCGAAGAACAUUGUUUAGAACAAGAAGAGCUUUUGAACUUAGUGUUCACUAUCGGUGUGUUUUCCAUGGUGUUCGCUCCUUUGCUAGGGAUACUGUACGACAAAUAUGGGUGUACCACAACACGGAUUGUUUCUCUGGCAAUGUUAGUGCUGGGGAUAGUGCUGCUGGCGUUCUCGGCCCCAGGUCGGGAAUGGCUGCUAUACCCCUGCACUGUGUUAUUGUCAAUGGGCGGGCAGACGCUUCACUUGACAGAUUUCCAGGUGGCGCCACUGUUCGCACAACACGAGUCCACCAUUGCUACGCUGGUAUCCGGGGCCUAUGACACCAGCGCUACAACGUUUUUGCUCGUCAAGCUGGCUUAUGACUCCGGAUUCAGUCUUCGAUCAUCUGCGCUUUCUUUGGCGGCAUCUGCCUCCGUCAUGUGUGCCAUAACGACAUUUAUCUUGCCACAGAAGAGAAAAGACGAAGAAGGAUCGCUUUGCCAAAGGCGAAGUCUUGCCUGCAGAUUUUUGAAACAUCUUAAAGGACCGAACAAAACUGAGAAAGUACAGAUCUCGCAAGAUUCAUCAGAAGAGCGGUCGUCUUGUUCGACAAAUGAAUUGACUAAAAGCCAAUCUGUGAUAGACAUAAUAGGAAAUGCUUACCCAGAAGAUUUGUCAAAAUGUGAUUAUGAUAAAAAGAAAACUGCCAGUGUACGAAAAAUCCCCAAGGACUGUUCAACUUUUACUUCUGCCGAGCAGACGAAAUUGUUGUUAUCGAAAGCAUCUCAAAAUGAUCAAUCUUUGUCUGCUGGCCAGACGAUCAUUCCGCCACCAGAGGGCGACAUCCACUAUAAACUAAACCGCUCGUCUUCGGAGCAGACUCAGUAUUUAUUAGAGGAUAAUAUCCGGGGUGACCCGGUAUUGAAUACUACAGAACAGACUGACCACGCCCAAGACAGAGCGACCUUGACCUUGUCUGAGCAGACCUGUGUGUCUCCGCCAGAUGGCGGAAACAAUGACGAUCAAAAUUCCGAGUUUGCCGAGCAGACAGAUUCGGCUACUGGUACAGGCACAGUUAUGUCAAGCAGUAUCCGACAGAAAAUUGGAGAAAAUGCACCCUUCAAAAACGUUUUGAAAUCCCCAAUAUUCAUGAUAACUCAGUUUUGGCUGAUAGCAGUGACGCUUCUGAUUAACGUUUUUAUUGGGAUAUUCAACUCGUGGAUAGAAAUACUCAGUAAUGAAGAUAUGGAACAAGUGAGCCACUUCACCAAUGUGUUUGGAUGGAUGCAAGUAAGCGGUAUAGUGCUAGCCCCAUUGGCUGGAAUAAUUGUCGACAAACAGCGGAACCGUAACAGCAGUGACCACGAAGAGGCAAGCGGCGUCAGCAGCAAGAAUGUAACCGAUAUGGGUCACUUCAUUCCUUCUUUCGCACUGACCAACGUCUGCGCCAUGUUGUUGACCAUUGGGUGUACUAUCCCGGUUCUCUCUGCCCAGUAUGCGACAAUGGUCUUCUUCUGUUUAGUCAAGCCGUUCGCAUAUGGUGUACACGCUGCUUUUCUUGCCUGCGUGAUAUCCAGAGGACAUUUUGGCAAGUCGUAUACCUUACAAGUGGGGGUUAUAGAGGUGACGUCAUGGCUUCAGUUCCCACUGUUCACUUGGUUUCAAGGCCCUCUUGGUGGCAACCCGCUCAAGCUCAACUUGGUGCUGAUUGCAAUAGCAUGUCUCACUUUUGUCCAACCGCUGUAUAUAUGGAUACACUGUAGACGACGCAACUUGGAACCCAUCAUGGGGUCUGAGAGGGGAAAAGAUGUCGUGGCUACAGCAAAUGCGGAACGGAGUUUAUGAUUGACGUCCAGACCACAUAGACCAUUAACUCACUCCUUUGAAGUGGCAUAAUAUGAUUAAAAGGUGCCAUACUAUAUGUGUAUUGUUUUCAGUUUUAUGUAAUAUAAGUCUUUGAGGGAGGGGACAAUAGUUGUAUGUUGGAUGGUGAAUAAGAUUGUGUGACUUUUAAACAAUCUGGGUUUGUUAACGGUUAUUUUUUUCAAUCGAUUUCGGGUCAAAGUCUAACAGUAACGUGUCUCAAGUAAGCAAGACUGAGGAUUUUAGAAGCCCCUUUUCGAGAGAAAAAAUUACGGGUUGCUUUGAGUUUGUCACAUUCCAGAAAUAUCUGAAGGAUAUGUUAACAGUUUCAAUACCUGAUUAUUUUUGUCUUGCUGCUACUAUAUUUUUAAUUCCUUUCUGUUCAUGAUGUUUAGGAAAUUCAUUCGUUUUUACACGUUAUUUCUAUAUGAUUGUGAGAAAAGGCGAUUGAAUUAAUUUCAGACGAGACAGAGCUGUAGAAAAUACCAGCCCUACUGUUAAACCACGAAAUGCUGUCACUAAAUUAUCUAUCAGUGUUUUUCUUAAAAUUGGUGUAAGCGGUAUUGACCUUUUUUCGACAUUCAAUGUAUGACACGUUAACUUGGGCUUUAAUUUUGUUGAAAUCCUGAAGCAUAAUACGUUUUUUUUAAAUAGAAUUAAAGCUGACAUUUACAAAGAGAAUGCGUGGCUUUUCAAUAGUUGUUGGUAACU